AUGCGUCGCCGUGGUGCCCGCCGGCACGUACGCAAAGUCAUGCUGUGGUGGCAGCUGCAGCUUCGCGUACGGCGUCUCGCACUCGAGCUGCACGCUGAAGCUGCCACGGCCGACGACCGUCACCUCAAUCACAUCGCGCACCUCAACCAGCUCUGUGGGCCGGAAGCGCACCUCAAGGUCGAAGGCCAUGCCGCUGCUGAGCUGCACUGGAUCUGGGAAGGCCAUGAAGAAGGUCGACUUCCGCAGCGGCUGUUUAUACUCUAUUGUCUGUGUUCGGGCAUCUACAUUCCUGAUUCUUAUGUUCCGCACGUAUUCGUUGUCAGGCUCCCAGUUCCGCCACACAACGCGGCCAACGCAGUCAACGCCAAGCUUGCGUCUGCGCUGCUCCCGGCUGCCCGCAACGCUUGA